AUCGUUGGUUGCACACACGCACUCCCGACCAUCGAACGCCAGUUUCGCCGGAACUUCCAACGAUUUUCUCCCGUCCUCUUCGAAUCGAGCUUCCAACGUUAAACUUCAAAAUCAUAGAGUCUUUCAGCAGGAAUCUUAUAGUGUCCAUGAUGAGUGACAAUCGUGAUUCUAUCACACCAGACGAGGAUGCAAAUGGCUUUGCUCAUCAUAAGCGUGGAGGUGAUGUGCAUGAUGCAGACACAGUCACUAAGAAGUCCAAAAUUACUGGGUUGGAUUUAGGAACUGUGAAGUCAGAGGAGCGUGUGGAUAGCCAUGAAAAUCAGCCAGUUUUGACUGGAAUGAGUGGGAAAACUAAGGAUGAUCUUCAAUUGGGCAUGCCAAAGAAUGGGGUAGAAGAGAAUCAGCUGAGCAAGCAAAGUGAUUCUUCUGGAAAUAAGGUCUUAUGUGAGGAGAAUUGCUCAUCAUCAGCUGUUGGUGAGUUGUCCUGUAUCGUCGAAGGAGAUGCUGCUGAAGAUAAAGGGUCUCGCCACAAAAUGGAAGAUGCUUGGGUUGUACUUCCAGAUGCAACCUUGGAACUUCCUGGGACAUUGAGAUGUGCACACUUUGCAAUUUAUGAUGGACAUGGAGGUCGCUUGGCUGCUGAGUAUGCACAAAAACAUUUACAUGCCAAUGUUCUUUCAGCAGGCUUACCACGUGAGUUGAUGGAUGUAAAAGCAGCAAAAAAGGCCAUUGUGGAAGGCUUCCGGAAAACCGAUGAAUCUCUUCUUCAAGAAAGUGUAGCAGGGGAAUGGCAAGAUGGUGCUACAGCUGUGUGCAUCUGGGUGUUAGGACAAACAGUUUUUGUUGCUAAUAUUGGAGAUGCAAAAGCAGUGUUGGCGCGAUCAUCCAGUGCUGAUGGAUUGGAGAAUAAUGUUAAUGCGACCAGUGCAUUAAAGGCCAUUCUUUUGACAAGAGAACACAAAGCUAUCUUUCCACAGGAACGUGCUCGCAUCCAGAAGGCUGGUGGUUCUGUGAGUUCAAAUGGACGACUGCAAGGGCGUCUUGAAGUUUCUAGAGCCUUUGGUGAUCGCCAAUUUAAGAAGAUGGGUGUUAUCGCAACUCCAGAUGUACACUCUUUUGAUCUUACCGAAAGAGAACACUUCAUUAUUCUUGGCUGCGAUGGCCUGUGGGGAGUAUUCGGACCAAGCGAUGCUGUUGAUUUUACUCAUAAACUGUUAAAGGAGGGUUUAUCUGUUAGUGCUGUGAGCCGUCGUCUUGUAAAGGAAGCUGUCCUAGAGCGGCGUUGCAAAGAUAAUUGCACUGCCAUUGUCAUUGUUUUCAGGCACAAGUAAAUGAUGCACCUGUUGUGAUCUUUAAGGGAGUUUUUAGUUGUUGGUUGUUUUCUGUUUGGGGUUUCUGUUGAUGGGCCUUGUCAGACAUCCAGUCACUCAUUGAUAUGGGUUUUGUUGAUUUGGUCAGCUGUUGUACACCAGACUCCACAUCUUCAUCUUCAAAUUAUGAUGAGUUUAGGAAAUAUGUAGAAGGAAAGUGCCAGUUUUUGGCAGAAUAUCUUUAUUUUUUUAUUUUGUAAUCCUGAGGAAUUGAGUAAUCUGUGCUCUAUAUAUGGUAUUCUUGGGUGAA